UCAUUCGCUCAAAUUAACACUCUUUUCAUGGAAUUUGAUCGCGGAAGCAAUCGACAAACUGAAAUUAUGAAAGCUCUUAUCAAAGAUGGCGAUUUUGAGUCUUACAAGCUAGCAACAUUGAAUAAACCUGUACCAAAUGAAGGGGAACUGCUCAUCAAAAUUUUGAAAGUGUCGAUUUGCGGGUCUGAUAUUGCUUUAUAUAAGUGGAAUGAUGUUGGCAAGAGCAUUGCUUCUCUCCCAUUUAUACCUGGGCAUGAAUGUGUUGGAAUGAUUGAAGCUAUUGGAGAAAACUGCCCACCAGAAUACAGAGAAGGACAGAGAGUAUGCUGUGAAAACCAUUUCUUUUGCGGAGAAUGCUAUCAAUGUUCCCAUGACCAGCAAAAUGUGUGUCAAAAUAUGGGGCAAUAUGGGCAUGGGAGAGGAACAAUGCAUGGAGGUUGCUCUGUGUAUUCCAUCAUUCCUGCACGCUACUGCUACAUUUUGAAGACGGAUAUUGAUGACAACAAAGCCUGCAUCUUGGAGCCCUUUGGUGUUGCUCAUAAUGCUUGCGAGGAAUUAAAACCACAAAAUGACACGGUUCUAGUGCAAGGAUGUGGUGCAAUUGGCUUAAUGUCUAUUGGUAUCAUCAAAUGGAUGGGAGCAUCGAAAAUAAUCGCUACGGAUAUUUUUGACCAAAAACUAGAGAAAGCAAAGAUAAUGGGUGCAGAUGUUGUAGUUAAUGGAAGAAAUGAAAAUUUGAAGGAUGUUGUUUUCAAGGAAACAGAUGGAAAUGGCGCGGGAAGGAUUUUGGAAGCCUCUGGGGCACAGCCUCUGGUCAACGAAUCAUUUCAAUUACUUCGAAAGGGCGGUAGAUGUGUAUUUGUUGGGAUUCCCAAGGAACCUCUUCACGUGGAAAAUGUCGGUCGCGAUAUUAUAUUCAAGUCACUUACACUGAAAACUGUUCAUGGACGAAAAAUAUUUCGAUCAUGGGAAGAAUCAGAAAAGCUUAUCCACGAAAACAAGGUUGAUGUUAGCUGCAUUAUCACCCAUGAUUAUCCAAUGAGCAAGUUUGAAGAGGCCUUCAGAAUUCUUUUUGAUGGUGAAGGGUGCAAGAUUAUCCUGGAUCCUUCCAAAUGAUGGUGUAAAUAAUUAUUUGACUCCAAAGAUAAUUGAUUAUUACGAAAUUACAAGCAAACAUGUCAUUAAAAUGAAAUUACAUUAGGAAUGAUAGGAUAAGUACUUUGGUGAUGUUAUUUUAUCUAAACUAUGAAAAAGUAUUGUUAUUUGGAACAAGCUUUUUAACCAAAGGUAUUAUUAUUUUCAUUAUCACAAUGAUUUUACAACAAGUCUUUUAUUAUUACAAGUUAUGAACAAAAUACCAUUUGGCUAAAGACAAAAUUUUAUUGCCUGGUAAUGGGUGUUUAUGAGUAUGCUUUAAAAGAUGAAAAUAUAUAAUUUAAACAGGUACACAAUAUCAUUUCAAUUUCCUCAAUAUGAAUGAGAACUACAAACAUAUAUAAAUAUCAAAUAUAUAAUAAAAAAUAGAAUAUAGACUAGAAAUGAGACAUUAUAGUCUGUCUGAUGAGUGCGCAAGCACGAAAC